AUGCUCUUCCUUCAUCCGCACCCUCUUCCUCGCAUCAUCCGCACCCUCUUCCUCGCAUCAUCCGCACCCUCUUCCUCGCAUCAUCCGCACCCUCUUCCUCGCAUCAUCCGCACCCUCUUCCUCGCAUCAUCCGCACCCUCUUCCUCGCAUCAUCCGCACCCUCUUCCUCGCAUCAUCCGCACCCUCUUCCUCGCAUCAUCCGCACCCUCUUCCUCGCAUCAUCCGCACCCUCUUCCUCGCAUCAUCCGCACCCUCUUCCUCGCAUCAUCCGCACCCUCUUCCUCGCAUCAUCCGCACCCUCUUCCUCGCAUCAUCCGCACCCUCUUCCUCGCAUCAUCCGCACCCUCUUCCUCGCAUCAUCCGCACCCUCUUCCUCGCAUCAUCCGCACCCUCUUCCUCGCAUCAUCCGCACCCUCUUCCUCGCAUCAUCCGCACCCUCUUCCUCGCAUCAUCCGCACCCUCUUCCUCGCAUCAUCCGCACCCUCUUCCUCGCAUCAUCCGCACCCUCUUCCUCGCAUCAUCCGCACCCUCUUCCUCGCAUCAUCCGCACCCUCUUCCUCGCAUCAUCCGCACCCUCUUCCUCGCAUCAUCCGCACCCUCUUCCUCGCAUCAUCCGCACCCUCUUCCUCGCAUCAUCCGCACCCUCUUCCUCGCAUCAUCCGCACCCUCUUCCUCGCAUCAUCCGCACCCUCUUCCUCGCAUCAUCCGCACCCUCUUCCUCGCAUCAUCCGCACCCUCUUCCUCGCAUCAUCCGCACCCUCUUCCUCGCAUCAUCCGCACCCUCUUCCUCGCAUCAUCCGCACCCUCUUCCUCGCAUCAUCCGCACCCUCUUCCUCGCAUCAUCCGCACCCUCUUCCUCGCAUCAUCCGCACCCUCUUCCUCGCAUCAUCCGCACCCUCUUCCUCGCAUCAUCCGCACCCUCUUCCUCGCAUCAUCCGCACCCUCUUCCUCGCAUCAUCCGCACCCUCUUCCUCGCAUCAUCCGCACCCUCUUCCUCGCAUCAUCCGCACCCUCUUCCUCGCAUCAUCCGCACCCUCUUCCUCGCAUCAUCCGCACCCUCUUCCUCGCAUCAUCCGCACCCUCUUCCUCGCAUCAUCCGCACCCUCUUCCUCGCAUCAUCCGCACCCUCUUCCUCGCAUCAUCCGCACCCUCUUCCUCGCAUCAUCCGCACCCUCUUCCUCGCAUCAUCCGCACCCUCUUCCUCGCAUCAUCCGCACCCUCUUCCUCGCAUCAUCCGCACCCUCUUCCUCGCAUCAUCCGCACCCUCUUCCUCGCAUCAUCCGCACCCUCUUCCUCGCAUCAUCCGCACCCUCUUCCUCGCAUCAUCCGCACCCUCUUCCUCGCAUCAUCCGCACCCUCUUCCUCGCAUCAUCCGCACCCUCUUCCUCGCAUCAUCCGCACCCUCUUCCUCGCAUCAUCCGCACCCUCUUCCUCGCAUCAUCCGCACCCUCUUCCUCGCAUCAUCCGCACCCUCUUCCUCGCAUCAUCCGCACCCUCUUCCUCGCAUCAUCCGCACCCUCUUCCUCGCAUCAUCCGCACCCUCUUCCUCGCAUCAUCCGCACCCUCUUCCUCGCAUCAUCCGCACCCUCUUCCUCGCAUCAUCCGCACCCUCUUCCUCGCAUCAUCCGCACCCUCUUCCUCGCAUCAUCCGCACCCUCUUCCUCGCAUCAUCCGCACCCUCUUCCUCGCAUCAUCAGCACCCUCUUCCUCGCAUCAUCCGCACCCUCUUCCUCGCAUCAUUCGCACCCCACGCACAUCAACCGCGUUACUGUGCCAACCCCCUCUCCCCCCUCCUCUUCCCUCCCCUUUCUCUCGCUCAUUUCCCUCUCUCCUUCCCCCGUUUUCUUUCUUUUGUUCUAA